AUGGCGGAGCUAACGCAACUGCUGGAUCUUCCAGUAGAUAUCUUGUAUCUGAUAUUUCCCUACCUCGAUGUCCCUAGCUUCGUCGCCUUGACAUCAACUUGCACAGCAUUGCAUCAGCCUGAUAUUGCUCAAUAUGCUCCCUACUGGAUGUCAGCGGCGCGCCACACCUUCCGUGUUCCAAAUCAACCGGUCGUCGAGAACGAUGGUCGAAGGUGGCAGAGAAUGUAUCGUCGGCUCUUGACUGAGUCUCGCUGCUUCACCUGGGGCAACAACGACAGGACUUGUCUCGGUCACAGUCAGCAGCAGCACAUGGGAGCUCCUUUUGGUCGUGGCGGUAUCGGGCCAGCCGGACGCCGAAGACCUCUGGUGCGGACCCGUCAACACGUAUCAUGGCCUACCGAGAUGGAGAACGUGGAGCAGAUGGGCAUCAUUGCCGAUAUGCAAUGCGGAGGCUGGUCUACAAAUCUCUUAACUUCUAAGGGUGGCUUGUACAGUGUCGGUGUUAUGGAUGGUAUAGUCGUCGGCCAACCUGCCAAGUCGAGAGCUGAAAAACUUCGCUACCCUGCAGGGCUUCCUCAUCCUAGCGAACGCUACGAGCCAGCAACCGCUAUCAAACAGUUCUCUGCUGGACGCCGACAUGUCCUUGCUCUAUCGGAUUCUGGUCGUAUAUGGUCCUGGAAUCACAUCAAUAUGCCUGCACUUCAAGUCAAGUUUUUGAAUCUGGAUACCAUAGUCAGAGAGAACGCUGGACCGUCAACUCGUGGCUAUGUCAAGAAAGUCGUUGCAGGCUGGGCNAAAAGCGCUGCCUUAGUGGUGGGUACUGGCAUCGUCGUCUGGGAACCCUUGGCUCGUGGUCCACGACAGCCAGAAGGUGAAGAAGAUGCUGUGCUGGUUUUGGAAACCGCAAUCUGCCCCGGUACCGAUUUCCAGAAGCAUGCUAAAACCUUCGAGCCUUCGCCUGCGAGUUUAUACAUUGGAGAGGUACAAAACUUCAUCUGUCUCGAGAACUACAUCGUGUUCAACACCCAUCUUGGUAAAGUUUACGCGGCCAAGAUUGCGUGGGACGCACAAAGCAGAGCAUUGAACGAUGUUAUAGAGCUACCACUAGGAUCGGAUGGAGAGACCAGGUUCGCCACAGACGUCCAAGGAUCGUUUCGGUCGUUUGCAAUCUUCACCAACGACGGUACUGUGUACACGGGCAAUCAGGACGAUCAUUUGCAUCUUCUGUUCCAUCCUCUUCCACAUGAUCCGACCAUAUCCCUCAACCGUAUCCCCGCCCUCCAACACUCUCAGGUCAUCUCCAUCGCUUUCGGCGAUUACCACUUCCAUGCUCUGCAUGCGCCUGGCUACAUCACAUCGUAUGGCACAGAGCCUCAGAGCUGUGGCUGCCUCGGCCUUGGUGGACAUGGAGACCCUGAGGGCCGGAUUCGUGGACUUCGUUACCAGGGUAUCGGUGGAGAUGGACGACUAGUCCCUCAUGCCAGCCUACACGGUCGCAGGAUCUGGUUCGANAAAGAGAAACAGAAAUGGAUCACAUUCCUGACGAGUGGUGGUCGAGACCCGGAGGAGGCUCAAGAGCGCAUGCGCAUGCUCUCGGAGCUCAAUGUUCAGGGAGAAAUUAGCGAAUGGAUCGAGCAAGAAGGCAAUGCGUGGGAGCAGAAGUAUGGGGGAUCUGAUAACGCACAAGGCGAUGACGAUCUUCGAAAUUACUUCGCACUCAGUGUCACGGCAGCUGGCUGGCAUUCUGGUGCCCUAGUUCUCGUCAACGAGGAGAAAGCAAAGAGAAUCCGCGAAGCUUGUCUGGAAGCAACGCAGGAUGAACCUGAACACGAAUCUGUGGCCGAUGAAGGGGACAAUGUGCAGGAGAUCCAAACUGACAACCGUGGGUUACUCAAUCGCGCUCUCGACUACGCAGGCGACCUCGUACGGUGGCUCAAUGGCUCACCUCGUACAGAUACUGCGAUACCCGUCUUCCACGACCCCAACGAUCCCAAUGCCUUUGUAAACCCGCAAAACCAUGGUGCUGUUGCAGAGGAUGGCCGCACAUAUGUCUGGGCACAUGACUCGUUCCCACGAUUAAGACUUGCAAACGGAGAAGAUAUGCCAGGAGAAGUUGAGUUCUCUGAAUGGAGAGCAGGAAGACCGGAAUGA